AUGAUUUUGAGAAAGCUGCACCAAAGGAAGCUGUCAAGCAAACUGUUGAUAAGAAAAAGAUGUGAACCCAAACAAUCCCAAGAUGUGAAAAGGAAGAAGAAGGAUAUGAAAAUUGAAAGAUCCGAAAGUGAAGAAGAAGAAGAUGAAGAAGAAGAAGAAGAAGAACCCGAUCAUCAAUGUGUCGUCUAUGAACCAGAUGCGUUGAGUUCCUGUUAUGCAUCAGAAAGAGGUGGUUUUACUCCAACGCAGGCUAGUAUGAUGAAUUUGAGUCCAUUUGGGAAAUUCUAUAACUGGGUAUCUACUGCAGACAUGGAAUUGUUUGAUGGUAAGAGCAGCCAGCUGAUGGAUGAGGACUCUGACAUAGCUGAGUUGGCAUCCGGCAUCAAGGUCAGUGACAGUGAUACUACACCAAGAGAUGGGAGGUGGGACUUUGCAGCAGUGAAGAAAUCAAUGCUCAAGAAGCAUAUUACAGACUUAAAGGAGUUGCUCGUUGCUUCAGGCGUGAAAAAGGAGGUACGAGUGGAAUCAUCAGUUGGCCCUAGCGUCAAUGCAUCAUCAGCUGAGCCUAGCGUUCCACUGAGUCAGAAUUUUCCAAGGAAUGAGACACUUGUUGAACUGGUAUCUUCAAUUGAACAACCUACACAAAAAUCAUUUCUGGGUGUUAUCAUACUUGAUAGCCAAGACCAAACUGCUAGUCAGGGACUCCAGUCGUCACCUUACAAGCUCACGGACCUGGAAAAAGCUGUUAAUCUCUCCAGCGACAAGGAAACAGACACGCCAAAGGAAUUGCAUACAACACCAAAUAUGGCAACAACUCAAAAAAGAAUUUAA